AUGCACCUUGUUAUAACGAUGUCUGAGAAUAACAUAAUAAGUUUGGAUAAACCAUUUGAUGAGAUUCCCAACAUAUCGAUGGGUGAACUCAUUUCAAAAGCUUUGAACAAAUUGGACGAGAAGUUUGUGUGUGCGUUUGACGCAAACACUGGCAAAACACUGACAGUGAAAGAGUUGAUAGAGAAAAGCACAGCAAUUGCUAUGGCGUUGAUUGAGAAGGGAAUUAAUAAAACAGAUUUGAUUUUAACGUUUGCCGAAAACUCAAUUGAAUUGACUGUUGUUUUGUUUGCGUCCGUAUUAUUAGGGGUAACCAUAUAUCCCAUCACUUCUAUAGCGAAAGCAUACGAAUUGGAGAAAUUGUUUGAAACAUUGGAUUCAAUAGUUGUGUUCACAUCGGAAUCAAAGUCAAACAUUAUAAGCAAAAUACUCACAAAUACCGCAUUGAAAGCAAACGUAAAGUCUGUUUUUGUGGUGAACGGAGUUUUUGACAAUAAUAUAACAUUCAAUGAAUUACUCAAAGAAGGAUUUAAUAAAAGUUUGCCUCAAAUCCCGUACUUUGCGGUCGAGGACCCGAAGACUACUAUAUUCGCUAUCCUUCAGAGUUCGGGCACCACUGGUGUCCCCAAAUCUACACUCAUCUCUCACUAUGCAUUUGUGGCACAAUUGUAUUCAAUGAUUAACUCUGGCAUGAAUUUUGACGAGUUUGAUGAGAGGCUUAAGUUUGGACACAUCACUCCUAUCGGUUGUAUUACUGGCUUAACAUUUCUUUACGGAUACAUCUGUUGCGGGGUUUCUGUUGUAAUGUUUAAGGAAUAUAACGAAGAAUUGAGUUUGAUGAGAGGCUUAAGUUUGGACACAUCACUCCUAUCGGUUUCUAUUGAAAAAUACAAAAUCAAUUUUAUGCUAAUCGUACCCGCGUUGGGACCGGUGCUCGUGUCGAGUCUGGCCGACAAAUAUGACUUAUCGAGUUUGGCGUUUAUCUACACGGGUGGCGCACACUUUCCCGAAGCAUAUGCCAGGGCUAUAAUUAAGAAAUAUAAUGUUAUAUUCCAAGAAGUGUAUGGGAUGACUGAAUACAGCGGAACAUUAACUCAUGUGCCAGACCUGGAGGUCUGCAGUGAGUAUAUUGCGGGCAAUUUGGGCAGACCUGCGAAGAAUACUCAAAUUAAGAUCAGAGACGUGACAACCGGUGCCAGUCUUGGCCCUGAUAUAGACGGAGAAAUUUGUGUUCGCGGACCCAAACUCUUCUCUGGAUAUCUCAAUAAUUCUUUGGCCACAAGUGAAGCCAUAGAUAGCGAGGGAUGGCUUCGCACCGGAGAUAUUGGUCAUUACGACCACAAAAAUAGGGUUUUCAUAACCGAUAGACUUAAAGAACUGAUCAAAUUUGGGACAAAACAAGUAUCUCCGACAGAGAUUGAGCUCUUUUUAAUGACACACAAAUGUGUGGCAGCGGUAGCAGUGGUUGGCGUCAAACACGAGACACAGAGUCAAUGGGUUAGGGCUUAUGUCAAAGUGAAAGAUGGGAUGUCUGUCACCGAAGAUGAACUCAAACAAUAUGUCUCAGAUAAUUUGAAUGAUGCGAAACAGUUAAGGGCUGGCGUUGUGUUUGUCGAUCACAUCCCGAGGACUACUGUCGGGAAAGUUGAUCGAAGAUAUUUCAAACAAUUGAUUGCCAAUGAAUUGAUCAAAAAUGUGUGA